AUGGGCACUUUCCUCCACGCAUGCGAGGGCGAGAUGGUGUGCGAGUCGAUCAACACAAAGAUACCCUACUUCAAUGCGCCGAUAUAUCUCGAAAACAAGGCAAGCCGACUCACGACCGCGAUCGGCAAAGUCGAUGAGAUCCUCGGCCCCCUCAACCAAGUUUACUUCACCAUAAAACCACAAGAAGGCAUCGUCGCGACUUCGUUCAAAUCCGGAGACAAAUUCUACAUUGGCGGAGACAAGCUAUUGCCGCUAGAGAAGUGA